AAAUAAAUCUACAUCUUGUUGCUAAAUACACUAAUACUGACUGAAGAUACUGCAUUAGCAUUUUUCUAUAUUUACAAUAAAGUUUAUUGAAACGGCAGGCCGUAAGCCUUGGGUUUCUAUGGAAACACGUGGAGUAAACGCAGCGCGACACUGGACGUGACGUCUAUACGGCUGCGCAUGUCAUGCAUUAUACGGAAGUAGUCGGCAAUCAGAAACAUGGAGGUUCCAGUGAUAGAACGCUCCGAGGCUGUGGAGGAAGAGGAGCUGUUCCAUGAGUGUUCCGAUAACACUGAGCCGGCCGCGGCAGGGGCAUCGGCAUCCAAUGAGACUGCAUGUGUGGACGAUGACUCUUUGGAAUGUCCAACAUCUGAGAAGUCAGAAGAGGGAGAGGAGCCUGACGACAGUGUGCUUAUUGAACUAGAGAAAGAUGUCAGUGAGGAAGAGAAAGAGGUGAGUGAGUCAAUGAUCAUGUCACAUUACUAGAGCUAAAUAGUACAAGGCACAGGUUACAGCAUUAGGUACUCCACUGUAAUUAGUGCUGUAUUCAUGCAACCCAGCAAGCACCAUAACCACUGCAGACCUGGGGUCUGCCAGAUUGUGUUCAUCACCUCCUCUGCACCUCAAAAGCUCCAGUGAAACAUUAGCUUACUGGCUGAGAGAAAACAUCUGACUUGCAGGGCUUAGCUCAGUGGAACUAUUAAAAGCUCCUUGUAGAAGUAUUUUGACUUCAGAGGAGGAGGUGAACAGGGCCCAGCAGACACCAUGUUAGUUGUCAAAUCAUUCUUAACUGGUUUGUCUGUUUAUACUGGGAGGGUGCCAGAGGACCCCUGUCACCAUAACCCUUACAGUGGGCUGUAGUGGGUAUGGUGCUUGCAGUAUUUAUUUAAAUAAUGCUUUGAAAUCUGAUACUCGAAUUUAGAUGUUUUAUAACGAUUCUCUUUGAAUUUUCCAUUUAAACAUCAACUGUCUCAGAGAGAAUACAGGCCAUAGAGCUAGAUGAUGGAAAGGUCAGCCCUAAAAUGUAUUAAUGUUAUAAAUGGGAGUAGUAUCGUGUGGUUUUCUUUUUGGAUGUCAAGUUUUUCUUUGAAAUACCAUGCACAGUUGAUAGCAUUGCGCUUAGUAGAUGGUGAUGUUAGGUGCAUUAGAGAAUAACAAAUUUUAAAUGAGGUUUUUGGUGUCAUGCAGUGGAGAUGAGGGAGGUUAAGUUGAAUAGAGCCUUCUCUGUAACAGAGCCAAAACAUUGCCUACUCCUUGUUCCAAAUGGUCUGCUUAUUAUUAUCCUUAAAUGCCCAUAUAUUUUGCUUAUUUAGUGAGUAGGGGAACUAGAAGUAGAGGGGGAUGAUGAAACUGAUCAGCAAGGUUUUAAAAUGGAUAGGUGAGUGCUGGAGCUAGGAUUAAAAGAUGCAAUAAAGGGAAUCUAUAGUGUUAGGAAUACAAACGUAUUCCUAACACUAUAGUGCCCCCUUGCAGUACAUCAAGGGUUAAAAAACCCUUUAUUUGCUUACUUACCGUCUGUGCUCCACCUCCUCUGACGUCAUCCGAUGGGGGUGAUGUAAAGUGCAUGCGCGGCGAGCGCAUUAGGCCCUCCCCAUAGGAAAGCUGACUCAAUACUUUCCUAUUGUGAUUUUACUGAUGCUGGAUGUCCUCAUUCAAAGUGUGAGGAUGUCCAGAGUCCGGUAAACUCCUGGUAGACAGUCACCAGAGGCUGUCUUAGAACUGCAAUGUAAACUUUGCAGUUUCUCAAAGACUGCACUGUUUUAAAUUGUAGUUUUCUCAAAAAUUGCAAUGUUGUUCAUUGCAGAACUAAGGUAGAUAGAGAAACUGCAUCCAAACCAUUUCAAUGAGUUGAAGUGUUCUGGGUGCCUAUAUUGUUCCUCUAACAUGGAUGGUGGGAGAACACAAAAGACAUAUGUUAUGAUUGAUAUGUUUGUGUGUGUGUGUAGUUAAAAUAAUGUUAAACAAAAAUCUGUACACCAGUCAAGCCAUAAGACUUGCUUUUCCCACAGAAAUCACAAAUCUGCAGUGAUUUUACUACCGCAAAGGAUUCUGGGUGGGCAUAUGCAAAGUAGUUCAACAAAGAAUAAAAUUUUUACCUCAUUCCAUUUUAAACAUGGAUUUCUUUGAGUCUGUGUUUGCUGUAUACAACAGCUUGGAACACAACUUAGGAAAAGAUGCAAAGCCAGUGAACCACUCAUGGACAGCUGUUUCAUUGUUAAUGCAAAUCAUCAGCAUGAGGUUGGUUACUGGUUUGCUUAUUGAGGCUUGGUAGUGUUUGGGAAGAUAUAUAUAUAUAUAAUAGAUAUGAGGGCACUCCCUGAUGUCCCAUUGCUUUUUAGGAAAAUCAUAUGUUCUAAUGCCUUGGUGCACCACGCUGGAACCUUUUUUUUUUAUGGGCUAUGUCUUUUGCAGGAUAGGAAAAAGAAAAGCACCCUUUUGAAAGAAGAAGGAAACAACUUGUUUAAGAAAGGAGGUGAGCACAUUAUUCCGUGUUAGGGAGUAAAAGUGUGUGUGUGUGUGUAUGUAUAUAUAUAUAUAUAUGUGUGUGUGUGUGUGUGUGUGUGUAUAUAUAAAGGAAAAUUUUCUUCAUACUUACCGUAAUUUUCUUUUUCUGAUCAUUAUUCAUGGCAGCAUUUACUCAUGGGUUAGCUCCUCCCCUCACAGCAGAAAGGACAGGAAAUAGAACUCUGAAACUGGUAUAAAUAGAUCCUCCCCCUUCCCAUCAGGCAGUCUUUGUAACUAGCUUCACAUCUUAUAGUAUAUGGGUGGGAACGUAAUGCUGCCAUGAAUAAUGAUCAGAAAAAGAAAAUUACGGUAAGUAUGAAGAAAAUUUUCCUUUUUUCCUGACAUUAUUCAUGGCAGCAUUUACUCAUGGGGAAUACCCAAGCAGUAUAUUUUGAGGGAGGGACAGAGUUCAAAAACAGCCAAUAGCUAUAAAACCAUUAUUGAGCUGCAUAAACCUUAGAAGACUCAAAAAAAAAAAAACCCAACAAGACAUCAAUAGGAUGUUGUCAUACAUUCUGCUCAGACAAGUUAAUUAACCUAGAGGCUGCAAGGUCAGCAACCUCCUGGCAUUCAAUAUCUGAAAUAUCCUAAAUAUAGUCAGAUAGGAAUUAAGGCCAUGAUAGCAUAAGUCAGAGAAGGAUAAUGCCAUUUUGAUAUAAAAUUUAAAACCAAAUUGAUGACCUUAUCAGAUCAGAACCUUGACAAAAGGCAUAACAGAAGGUUGGAUGAGAACAGACACACCAUGCUAUUAAACAUGGCGAGAAUUACACUGAGAAUCCUACAACUCUCUGGAUGUAAUUAUUAAUGACGAUUCACACUGCUUCCUCUUGCCUUGUGAACUACUUACCUGUGGAUACAGGAAAUAAAUCAAUACCUGCCUGUCAGAAAGAGGCAGAGCCUAGUAGAGAAAUAAGUGUUAUUAAAACACUGCAAUAAUGAAUAUAUAUAUUGCAAAAAUCCGACUCACAACAAUACCUCACACCUAGGAUUAAUUGAUACAAUAAUGAUCAGGCACAGGAGAGGUAUAAACCAAUGACAUUACUAGGCAAGGGCAAGAAGAGUCAUAUACAGAUUAGUUAAAGAAAGAAAAAAGAGACAUCGGUAUGAACCGUGGAAUUUGUGGAAACUUCCUAAAUUAUAAGUAGGACAAUCAUGUUAGUACCUACAUUCAAAGAAACACUGUAAAUAGUACAGAUUAUGCCAAACAGUAUAAUCAAAUUUAUUAGAGACCGUUGUGUAACAUAAGUAGGAGAUAUGUAAUCGGCAGGAUACCGAUGAGAAGGUGGUAACCAGAGGCACAUGAUCCAUUGUGGCAACCGACACAUAAUCAGGAUAGUAGAAUAUAUUCAGUUAUCCUUAUGAGAACAAACAACCGCAUACUUACUCUUACCUUAUCUUCAGAUAGCGAAGAAGUACUAUGGCAGAGCUUAUGGCGAUAAUAAGCAGUUUGUAUUAUUCUUACCUUAUCUUCAGGUAGCGAAGAAGUACUAUGGCAGAGCUUAUGGCAAUAAUAAGCAGUUUGUAUUAUCUGCAAGAUAUCAACACCAAUACAAGUAUAUAAUCCAUAAGUAUUAAAUCAAUGCAAUGUUAGGAGUGACCAUAACUUAUACCGAUCUAGGUACAGAGACCAUGAAAAACAUAUCAGUCAAAUGUUUGUCAUCAACAAGCUGCAUUACAUUAUAUUAUGUAGGAUGAAUCAACCACUUAAAGCCACACCUCGGUUGCAAAUUCCAGAUAUAAGGACCACUAGAAGAAUCCCCAUGAAGAUCAGAAGAGAGGACCGUAAUGGAGUUACCCGUUAAGGGAUUUCCUCUCUUGUUCUGAUAGCAGGUGAAUUUUACUUGAAAUAGUAAACCUGGUAGAAUGGCCUGGGGACUAGAAAGACCUUCCAGUGUCAAUUAAAAUACUUGCAAUACUAAGUAUCAAAAACUUACCUGGAUCAUAUGAGCAUAAAAGAAUACAUUUAAUUGCAGAAAGGAAAUUAUAAUAUACCCUUUCACCACAAGGGAAUCUUGUCAGAAAUUUCUGAACAUUAAUUCCUUAAGAACAAAAAGCAUGCUACCCCUGACAUAUCCUAAAGGGAUUGCCAAACUCUCAGGUCCCCAAGGGAUAAAAGAGAAUACUGCAUAUAAAAAAUUACUACCUUCUCCAAAUUAUAAAGAUGCUUUAAGGAAAGGUACGCAGUUCUAAAGAAUAUGUUAAACCAAUUCCAGAGAACAGAGUUAAAAACUUAAUAAAAAGCACAAACCAGACCAGAAGUAGUGAAUUCUUCAGAGUAGAAGUUUGCGGAAAAAUAAAAUGAUAUUAGAGUUAAGACCAGGAGAGAAACAAGCCAAUAUGAACAGCUUUUUAAAUCAGGUAAUAGCUUCAGAGUUACCUACUUAUGAGAACGAUUAAUAGCCCAAUUUGUGCUCCUGCAACCAGCAUGAUCUUCUAAGCUGUGCAUCAGUAACAGCAUAUAUCUGAAGAUAAAACACUGCCACCAAAACAUUCCUUAUCUUGAUAAGAGAGGAGAGGCUACUUGGCAAUAGAAAAACUUCUCAGAAAUGGUCUCAUGUAUAAAUACAUAGGAGUGCACACAAAAAAGGCCUUAAUUUUGUUAAACAGUACCAUGCUCCAUUUUGGAAAUUCAGGUCUCCUUCUCUCCUGGGAGAGGCACACAGACAGGUUCAGUAACACCUGCAAUCCAUCUGAAGUGGUAAAAUGUGUUAAUUGCUUAUCCCGAAACACCUGUGGGAGAAGGAAUCUAAUACAAAGCCAAAAGCAGUAUGUUUCCUUAUCCACUUCAUUUAAAAAACUGAAAUAGAAAAUCCACAGGAGGCAAUAAUUACUUACCCAGUAUAACAGUGCAUUUGUAUUUGCUAAAAUUAGGCAGUGCUACAUUUCAGCACAAAACCCAGACCUUAGAUCAUUUGUAUAUAUUAAAUAUCAAUGCCGUGUAUAAAUUAGGGUUAUCUAAUACUACCAACCUGCAUACAGAUUAUGUGAAUCACAUACAUUGUGGAUGUUUCUAACAGCACCUUAUACACAGAUAUAUCAGUUACAUAUACUGAGUCUGUUCAAAUAGUAAUAGCAGAGGUAGGCUAUAUACAGUGACACUAUGCCUGUACACAUAUUAAGAUUAUAUGAGUGAGAUAAAUUGAGGCUGUUUUCAACAGAACUUCAUGCACAUAUUACACCACUCAUAUAUACUGAGGUUGUGACUAAUAACCCACACAAAAAAACCUGCAUUAGAUUGGACUCAUAGAGGAUGUGUCUUAUAUCAUUCACAUAUAUUGUGUUUCCACUAAUACAUCAAGCAUAUAGUGAACAGAUCCACUGAAGCAAUGUCCACACCAACUUACAUAUAGAGCAUGUUGAGACAUAUACUGAGGCUGUGUUUUUAGAGCAAAUAAAGAACACAAACUGAGCCGAGACUUCCGAUCAUCUCAUACGUAGACAAUAUAGUGGAUAUAUAUACUGAGGCUGUGUCUUCAUAGUAACUCGUACACAGAGCAUAAAGCGCAUACAUAAACUGAGACUGUGUCUUCAUAGUAACUCAUACACAGAGCAUAAAGCGCAUACAUAAACUGAGGCUGUGUCUCCAUAGUAACUCAUACAUACAGCAUAUAGUGGACACAUAUACUGAGGCCAUGUCCUUAUAGUAAUUCAUACACAGAGCAUAUAGUGCAUACAUAAACGGAGGCUGUGUCUCCAUAGCAACUCAUACAUUUAUCAUAUAGUGGAUACCUAUACUGAGGCUGUGUCCUCACAGUAACUCAUACAUAGAGCAUAUAGUGCAUACAUAAACUGAGGCAGCGUCCUCAUUGUAACUCAUACAUAGAGCCUAUAAUGGAUACAUAUACUGAGGCUGUCCCCAUAGAAACUCACACAUAGAGCAUAUAGUGGACACAUAUACUGAGGCUGUGUCUCAAUAGAAACUCACACAUAGAGCAUAUAGUGGACACAUAUACUGAGGCUGUGUCUCAAUAGAAACUCAUAUAUAUAUAUAUCUCAUAUAUAGGAUACUUAUACUGAGGUGGUGUACUCACAGUAACUCUUAUAUAGACCACAUAGCAGAUACAUAUACUGAGGCCCUAUCCUCCUAGUAACUCCUACAUAGAGUAUAUAGUGGAUACAUAUACUGAGGCCGUGUCCGUAUAGUAACUCAUACCUAGAGCAUUUACUGGACACACUCUGUUCAUAUGUUAGAGCAUAAAGUGAAAACACACCGAUGCUGUACCACCAACAGAUCAUGUAUGGAUACUGAGGCCCCGUGGUCUCAUAUGCAGUAUAUUUCUCCACUCUCUGGAAAAGCCUGCUUAUUUGUGAUAAUGCACAGAUAACAGCAAUCAAUGCCACAUAUCUUGAUAGGAACAAGUGUGUGUGGACUUUAAAAUCAUAUACAUGUGAGUACUUCAGUCACCCAGGAAAGUUCUCUUACCUUGGAUAUUUCUUCAGGACUGUGAAAUUCCAGCAGACUUUAUACAGCCAGGAUAUCCAUUAUUAGCACUCUUUUUCACAAUGCCUUAUUGCAUCAUAAGCACUCUUUUGCACAAUGCCUCCUUGCAUUAUCAGCACUCUUUUGUACCAAGCAUCCUUUUAUGUAUAACUUACCUAAAUGCUCACCACACAAACCUCCUAAAUGUGACCUAUUUGUUAGAAGGAAGCCUAAUGUAAGCCGCUGGGAGGGACUGAAAGAACAGAGACCCAGGUGCCUAUACUAGUUUUAAUCUAAUUACUAAUGCACUUACUUGAACAGCUGCAGGCCUGUGUUUCAACAGCAAAAUGGGGAUUUGAACAACUGACAGCCUAAACUGUUUAAACUAUAGGCUUCCAUCUGUACCCCAUAUGCAGUCCAUCAUCACCAGUGGGAGGAGGAUUAACCAACCCCAUACAAGGUGGAACACCAAGAAUAGGUAUACCCAGGUAGUCACCUUAUGGAAGUGCUGUUUACUGGGUCUUCAAAAAUAAAGGCUUAGACUUGGCUGGGCCUCAUGUAUGCAGUGGACCGCUGUCAUCCCCUCAGGGAGAGAGAUAGGUCAGACUCCUGAUUGCUGAAGGAGGUACCCAGGCUGGCAACUGUUACAGAUGUGCUGUUUGCUGGGUCUUCAGGGAUAAGAGGCUGAACCCUGGCCUGGUAUUAUGUAGGCAAUAUAUCACAUUCAUCCCCUGAGUGGGUACCCAAGCUGAGCUGUUGCUGGGUCUUCAGGGAUAAGAGGCUGAACCCAGGCCUGGCUUCCUGUAGGCAGCAUAUCACAUUCAUCCCCUUAGGGAGUACCCAAGCUGGCCUGUUGCUGGGUCUUCAGGGAUAAGAGGCUGAACCCUGGCAUGCAGUGGACCAUUUUCAUCCCUUAAGGGAGAGGUUGGGUCCGACCCCCGGUCACUAAAGGGGGUACCCAGGUUUGCAGUAUUAACAAUAGUGCGUUGCUGGGUCUUCAGGGCUUAGAGGCUGAACCCCGGCAUGGCUACAAAAAUAUUGCCUGGUGAGCAUAAAAGAAAAUCUAGGCCUGCUUAAGCAGACUCCUUCCAAACUGCUGUGAAGGACAGGAAAAAAGACUGCCUGAUGGGAAGGGGGAGGAUCUAUUUAUACCAGUUUCAGAGUUCUAUUUCCUGUCCUUUCUGCUGUGAGGGGAGGAGCUAACCCAUGAGUAAAUGCUGCCAUGAAUAAUGUCAGGAAAAUAUAUAUAUAUAUAUAUAUAUAUAUAUAUAUAUAUAUAUAUAUAUAUAUAUAUAUAUAUAUAUAUAUAUAUAUAUAUAUAUAUAUACACACACACACAUCAGCAUCGGACUGCAACCUUGUGGGUCUCAUCAUAUCAUGCGGAUGAAACCCACGACUUAACAUAUGCAAUUUUUUUAUUUGUACAGUUAGGGGAGUUUUUAGUGUUUGGUAUCACUAAUCUUUUUGGUACAUUUAAACACACAUGCUUUAAUAACUGGUAAAAUAAUCUUAGUGAUCCUGUCAUGGCAGGUUGACUUAGAAAGAUAACAUCUCCAAAUAAUUAUAAUAACGAUAAAUUAUAUACUUAAUUAAUUUAGAAACUUUUACUCUUAAAUUUAUCUCCUCUACAGAGCUGAUUGCACUGUCAACAUGAUGAUUUUGUAGAUGUAACAGUAAUGUGACAUCCACUGCUAAAAAUACAUUAUACAUAAAGUACAAAAAAGGCACGGUUGCUUAAGGACACAUGACGUGUGACAUGUCAUGAUUCCCUUUUAUUCCAGAAGUUUGGUCCGUAAGGGGUUAAAGGCACUAUAUUGAGCAUAUAUUGGUUUUGGUGCAGGAGUGUCUGGGCGCCUCCAAUUUAAGCAAACUGUUUUUGAACAGUUUACUUAUUACCAUUCCCUGUCUCCAUUACCAGCUGCUGAGAGCCAAAGGUUCCUUGGCAGGCUAAGCUCAUUGGCUGAGAGUGUCAUCUGAUUGUUCUUAGCUCAAGAAUGCUAGUGGAAGAUCUUGUUGAGGAUUUGUUUGGUGCGCAGUGAACCCGAGGAAGAGAGUCAAACUGUUCAAUAACUUUUUGACUCCUUACAAUGGUGUCUCCCUAGCCACUAAAGGAAGCUUUACCUGCACAAUAUAUAUAAAUUGUGAUUUUAUUUAUUUUUUUACUUACUGUAUGUACUCGAGUAUAAGCUGACCCGAAUAUACCCGAGGCACCAAAUUUUACCUAAAAAAACUGGGAAAACUUAUUGACUCGAGUAUAAGCCUAGGGUGGGAAAUGCAAAAUAAAAAUAGAUACCAAUACAAUUACAUUAAUUGAGGCAUCAGUAGGUUAAAUGUUUUUGAAUAUUUAUUUACAGUGUGUGUAUAUAAUGAAUGCAGAGUGUGUGUAUAUAAUGAAUGCAGUUUGUGUAGAGUGUGUAUAGAAUGCAGAGUGUGUGUUUGUGUGAAUGCAGUGUGUGUGUAUAUAAUGCAACUUAUUAUAUAGGAAUACUUAUUACCUUAUUUUAUGUACACCGUGCAAAACCCUUUAUUUAUUUUACUCUAAGAUGAAUGUGGCCUGGUAUAGAGUAGGAUUGCGGGUUGACAGAGAGUUACCUUUUAUGAAAUGAAAAUGUAUCCAUACAUUGUAUUUAUAAAAUAAAUUGAGUUAGAAACCUAAAUAUUUACUUUGCCCUCGUGUUUUUGCAGAGUGCGUGUAUUUGUGUGAAUGCAGUGUGUGUAUAUAAUGUAGUGUUUGUAAACUGGGUGGGGGUAGGGCAUUUUUAAUAUUUUUAUGUAUUAUUUAAAUAUUUAAUUUGUUAACUUUUUUUUUUUUUUGUUCCCCCUCCCUGCUUGUUAGGGAGUGGGGCUAUGUCAAUCCCUGGUGGUCCAGUGACAUGGUCUGUGCAGUGGGGGCCCGCAGAAGCUCUUGGUUACCUUCUCAGCAGCUCCCUGUGUAAAUCUCGCAGCCAGUGUGCUGCACGGAGCGUUGCCACGGUAAUAAUUGACAACGCUGUGAUGGCUGCGGGACUCACAAGAUUUACACAGGGGUGCUGAAGGGAGCUGCUGGGAAGGUAAGUAAGAGCUUCUGCGGGCCCUCCCCAGGACCGCCGGGCUUAUCAUGAGCCCGGCUGUCCUGGUCUGUAUUAUGGCAAUGUAAGUUGCCAAAAUACAGACCCUCACUCGAGUAUAAACCGAGGGGGGCUUUUUCAGCAAAAAAAGUGCUUAUCCUCGAGUAUAUACGGAAUAUCUUUUGAGUAAUGUUUAGUUAAAAUUUUAUUUAAGUAUAAUUUUCUCAGUUACUUUUUGCUAAAAAAACAUUAUUGUCUUACUGUUCAGAUUAUAUUGAAGCAGAAGCUUUAUACACUCAAGCACUUCAAACUUGCCCAGCUCUUUACCAGAAGGACAGAUCUAUCCUUUUUUCAAACAGAGCCGCUGCCAGACUAAAACAGGUAAAACAUGUCUUCUUCCCUUCUGUUAAUUUUGUAUUACAAAACAAAUAUUACAUUUGCCCUAUAACUUUGGCAAAAUUUUGAACUGUUCAAAUUGUCCUUAAAUAGAUAAUCUAUAAUUAUAAUAUAUAUGAUAAGAAAUUAUACCAGUCUAACUUCAUUAAUAACAAAAUGGCACAAUUUCCAACAGCCUAAACUAGGGAGAGGUAGGGGGCAGUGCAUUCAAUUAGAGUGGAGGGGGUGGAGCAUUGGAUUGGCAGAGAUCAUUGUUUGAUGAUCUCAGCCAAAAUAAAGAACACACUCAUAGGAUUUCAAAAUCAACACAAUAAUGUCAUUUGGUUUUUACAGCUGUGUAACAGCUUCCAUUCACUAUUUCAGCCCCAUUACCAAACUUUUCUUAAUAUGUCAAAGUAGUUGGACUAAAACAUUGGUUAUAUGAAAAUGCACGUUUCCUUAACCCCUUAAGACCGGAGGGCGUACUAUUACGCCCUCUAAUAGGCGGCUCUAAACGCCGCCGGGCGUAAUAGUACGCCCUCCGGUCUUUCUGUACUUACCCGGUCGCCGGCGGUCCCACGCCGGCGAUCGCGGUGGGGAGGACUCCCAGGGAGCCCCCCGCGGCACGACCGUCCUCCAGGAAGCCCCCCGGCCGUGUGAGAGUGGGGUCCUAGCGAGGACCCCACAAUCACAUGGCCGGGGAUAGCUGGCUUCUGUAUUGCCGGCAGGGGGGCUGCCUGUAAUUACAGGGGGUCCCCCUGCUGGCUGAAAAUAAAAGUAAAAUAAGUUAAAAGUGUAAAAAAAUAAAAUUAUAUAUACUUAGAUCAUAUAUAUAUAUUAUAUAUAUAUGAUCAAAGUAUAUAUAUACACAUAUACAUACACACAUGUACACCGUCUAGGUGUAUUUUACUAUUAAUAUAUAUAUAAUUAUAUAUAUAUAUUAAUAUCAAAUUACACGUACACUGAUACUGAUUAAAUAUAUAUAUAAUUAUUGUUAUAUAUAUAUUUAUAUAUAAUAUAAAAAAAAUAAAAUGUAAAUACGUUAAAAAAUAAAAUUACAAAAAUAAUUAAAAAUAAAUAAUUUAAAAAUAUAUAGAUGUGUGUUAUUUCGUUCUAACUGUAUUGUGAAAUUAAUAUAUAUAUAUAUCAAAAUACACAUAGAACGAAAUAAUAUAUAUAUUUAUACACAUAAAUAUAUACGUAUAUAUCACUAUAUAUAUACCUAUAUAUAAAUAAAAAUAUUUUAAAAAAAUUAUAUAGAUAUAUACAUAUAUAUACACAUACGUAUAUAUAUACAUAUAUUGAUUCUACAUAUAUAUUUAUGUAAUAUUUUUACAUAAUUAGGUAUCUUAAUUAAUUACAAUUAGCAGGACCUGCAUGACAACCCAUGCCGAAAGUAAAGGGAAUUUAAUUUGCUAGCACUAUAUUUAACCCUAUAACUUUCCAAGACACCAUAAAACCUGUACAUGGGGGGUACUGUUCUACUCGGGAGACUUCGCUGAACACAAAUAUUAGUGUUUCAAAACAGUAAAAUGUAUUACAACGAUGAUAUCGCCAGUAAAAGUGACGUUUUUUGCAUUUUUCACGCACAAACAGCAUUAAACGGACAAUAUUAUUGCUAUGAUACUUUUUACUGUUUUGAAACACAAAUAUUUGUGUUCAGUGAAGUCUCCCGAGUACAACAGUACCCCUCAUGUACAGGUUUUAUGGUGUUUUCAAAAGUUACAGCGUCAAAUAUAAGGCUUUGCGAACAUUUUUCACAUUAAAAUUCGCCAGAUUGGUUACGUUGCCUUUGAGACCUAUGGUAGCCCAAGAAUGAAAAUUACCCCUAUGAUGGCAUACCAUUUGCAAUAGUAGACAACCCAAGGUAUUGCAAACGGGGUAUGUCCAGUCUUUUUUAGUAGCCACUUAGUCACAAACACUGGCCAAAAUUGGCGUUUUUUGCAUUUUUCACACACAAACAAAUACUAACGCUAACUUUGGCCAGUGUUUGUGACCAAAUGGCUACUAAAAAAGACUGGACAUACCCCAUUUGCAAUACCUUGGGUUGUCUACUAUUGCAAAUGGUAUGCCAUUAUGGGUGUAAAUUUCAUUCCCGGGCUACUAUACAGUCUCAAAGGCAACGUAUAUUUGAACCCUGUAACUUCCCAAAACGCCAUAAAACCUGUACAUAGGGGUACUGUUUUACACGUGAGACUUUGCUGAAUACAAAUAUGUGUAUUUUAUUGCAGUAAAAGCAAACAGUAUUAUGACACUGACCGUUAAAAUGUCAUGUAGAACUAAAAAAAUAAAAAAAAUCUAUUUUCUCCCAUUUUUUCAUAUUAAAUUAUGUUUCAUAGCUAAAUAUUUGAUAUUAAAUGAAAGCCCUGUUUCCCCUGAAUAAAAUGAUAUAUAAUAAGGGUGGGUGCAUUUACUAUGAAAGAGGUGUAUUACGGUUGGACAGACAUGUAGCGCAAAUGCCAGGUUUUGUUUACAUUUUGUUUUGUUCACAACGUGUACAUUUGGCUCCGUCCUUAAGGGGUUAAAAUAAAUUUGCUGUUUUGUUUACUUUGAAGCCCUAGGAGCGUGAGAACGUCCAGUGUCAGGCAACUUCUUUUUAUUUUUUAUACUGUACUCUGCUCAAUAAACAUAUAUGUUUCUUUGAAAACUGACGUUUUUGUUUUUUUGCGGCCCACAUAAACUUAAACCUUGUUUAUUUGGCCCAUGUGAGCCUUUGAGUUUGACAUGCUUGCUCUAGGUGCUCUGUACUCCCUUUUGUAAUCUGAAAACAAUCUCAAUCAUACAUACAAUGGUGUUAAGCAUUUCUGUGUACAUACAUGUCUCCAUAUUACUGAAAAUGAUACAAACUGAAACAAACAAUCCUUUAAAGAUUUCAUAAUCUGCCAGUGUAAUGUUCUCAAAAAAAUCUAUCACAGAUGAAGUUUGACAAUUAAUUCACUGGUAUAUGCUGAUAGGGUAAACAUAUCACUGCAACAAGUAUUUAGUGGGUCAUAAUAUCACAUGUAUGUAUUUUGUGGUAUAAUUUUGGGGAAUUUUGGUUUAAUACGGGCAUGUUAGAUUUGUUUACGGGCAUAUAUUUUAAACAUAAAUAUAGAAUUAUUUAUAUACUCCACGGCACGUUACAGUGGUUUCAAGCAAUGUAUAAUUUGAUUUAUAAUGACAUCUCUUGGUAAAGCAGCUUAAUUAGCAACUUUUUUUUUGUUGUCAUAUUUUAUUUCUGGUUAAUAUUUUAUUACUCCUUUUCUGUACAAUGAUAAAUGUGUUCCCCUUUUUUUACAGGACAAAAAUGAAGAUGCGCUGAAAGAUUGCACUAAAGGUAAUCCCCCCCCCUGCCCCCUAUGUUUAUUUUUGGAAUUACACAGCAAUUUGACUUAACAAAUAACAAUUAUUGGUUAGUAGCUCGGCAGCUGAUUUUGCUGAAAGUAAUGCAUGACAGCAUCUAUGUUUAAAGGAACAUUCCGAGCAUCCAAACCGCAACAGCCUGCUGUAGAAAUCAUGGUGUCAUUAAUGUCCUGGCUCUCUCCCAGAGUAAUUUGGCAAACUUUUUUUUAGUCCCACUGAGUAAGCACCGCCACUAUAAUUUGUUGUUACCAGCCCACUCCUGCAUUGCCCAUGGUUUUCUCUGUUGAGAUAACCAGGUUUUUAUUCAGGAGAGGAUGUGUUUCAAUGGAUGUGGGAGCCAGUUGCGUUGUUGUUACAGCAUAGCUAAAUGGUUUAACUACUUACCGUGGGACUUCACGCAGACAUUCCUGGCACCAUAACAACUACAGCAGCCUUUAGUAGUUAUAGUGCUUGGGGUGUUCUUUUUAACGAGACAAAUCAGUUUGGUGUUCAUAUACUUCAUAUAAUAUACAUUAAAAAAAAAAAAUCUUUUUGCCAAUCCAAGACUAUUGUUUGCAUUAAUGCUGUACAUAUCUAGUAAAACCUUCCAAAUCAGAUAUUUGUGGGAUGUAAAGUAUGAUGCGUUUGGCUUUCCACUAGUAAAAGUGCAACUAAUGCUCAGCACACAACAAUGUGAUUGCUUUAUUCAUAAAAAAAAAAGAAUGAGACUACUUGCUUAAAAAUAAGCCAUUGAUGAAAAGAAAACUGUAAUGAAAAAAUUACAACUUAUUAUAUAGGAACAAUUAUUACCUUUAUUUUAUAUACACAGUGCAAAACCCUUUAUUUAUUUUACUCUAACAUGAGUGUGGCCUGGUAUAGAGUAGGAUUGCGGGUUGACAGAGAGUUACCUUUUAUGAAAUGAAAAUGUAUCCAUACAUUGUAUUUAUCAAAUUAUUUGAGUUAGAAACCUAAAUAUUUAUUUACAUUGCCCUUGUGUUUUUUUUAUUUUAAGCUAGUAGGGUACCUCUUUGUCAAUUUAAAGCUGUUAGACUAAAGCUGUUGAUUUGCAAACAGAUUUUGUUUUGUGCUAUGAGGCUGUUGAUCUAAGCAUAUUAUUUUCUACCUUUUGAAAGGCAGGACUUAAAUUUUACUAUUUGAAACAAUGAAUACACACCACAUUGACACUAGUAAUAACCACUUCUACAGGACCAGUGCAUUUUUAAAGACAGAUUGUAUAAUAUUAAUGAAAACUGCUUUCCAUUUUACUCCCUAAGAUUGUGUUGAAAUUUGUAUCUAUCACAGCAAUUGAGCUAAAUCCCGAUUAUAUUCGUGCUUUGCUCCGGAGGGCAGAGUUAUAUGAGAAGACUGACAAACUGGAUGAAGCCCUGGCUGAUUAUAAAUCUGUUAUGGAAAGAGAUCCAUCUUGCAUUCAGGCCAAAGAAGCCUGCAUGGUAAUAUGUCGUGUUGUUUCUUGUGGUCAUGCCAUCUAGAUUUGUUUUGAUAUUCUAGUAUUAUCCAAUAUGAAAAUGUUGUGUCCUUCUCUGCUAGACUAGUUUAAUAAAGACCUCUGGUAGGUCGAAACAUUGCUGCUUUGUCCCUUUUGAUCCAAUAAACCUGCCUGUGGUUUCAACACUCUGAGUGCCUGGCGGGUAUUUCCUCUUGCCUUCUCCACUAGACAAGCUUUAAAAAUGAAUUGCCACUGCAAGCCUUGAGGAUGGUGGAACAUUCUCCACAGCUGAAUUUCUAGUCACAGAGAUACAUAUUCACUCAUCAAUGGCUAGUGGAGAGUGGUCAUUUUGAGCCCUGGUACUAUCAUUACAUACUUUAAGUGCUUAUCCUGACUGCUUGAUAAAAUUUGCAAAUAAAUCUAAGUAGGUAUACACACAGGGGGAUUACAAGACUAGAUGAUACUUCAUACAGACUUUAAUUUAACAAUUGUAGCACUUUUCUAAAAAAAUAAAAUAAAAUACUGUAUAAAACAGCCUAUUAUUUUACAAUCUAAAGGAUUGUGGCAGAAUUAAAUAAUUAUUAAUGGUUUAGAUAAAGGAGAAUUUUAACACCUCACUGAGUGAUGCUGGUGUAGGUUUUUGCUACAUUUGUUUAGUUGGUGCAAGGGCGAUCUCUCAUUACAAUAGGUUCCAGUUGAGCUAGAACUCACUGAUGUUCCAAUAACAACAUUGACUGCUUUUGGACAAGUUCACUCUGCUUUUGUUCUACUCCAGUUCAUAACCAGUUGGGAAACAUCUCUGUGCACUUUAUGCCCAGCUACAAUGGAAUAUUGUGAUCUAAGUACAUAUAGUUAUUAUUCCUGCAUUAAUCCUGGAUAUCUAAGUUUGACUAAAUAUAUUAGCUACUUGGUCAAUGGAGUGCUUGAAAUUAGGCCAGUAUUUGAAGAUUGCCUGACUAGCCUCUUUUUUUCACUUUAAAUUCACUUUGAAUUCUCAAUAAUCCUGCUUGAUUUAAUAACUAAGGAAUUCAUCACACCAAUAUGCCAUGAGACCAUUUUGGAUUCCCUAUAGGACAUAUUUGUUACUGAUCACUUAUUUAAACCAACCGUCAAUUGGUUACUCAUUCCUCUAGCAACCAAGUUUGUUAUAUUUAAUGGAAAUCGCUUAUAUUGGUAGUGAUUUAAAACCGUGCUAACUCCAGGGAUCACAAUAAUCUUGUACCCAUCUCAUGUCACUCUUCCUUUAAAACCUCUUUUCAUACUGCCCUCUGGUAUGUACGCUCUGUUUUCAGUGUUACUAAAUCCACUGCUGUGCGCAACCUUUUCAUCUUUCGUUCCCUAGACUUACUAGCCUUAACAGAAACAUGGCUCCCUCCCUCUGACACCACUACCCCUGCCUCUGUAUCCUUUGGUGGUCUUCAAUUUUCCCACAACACAAGACACUCUGAAAGCAAAUGUGGUGAUGUAGGGUUCCUGCUCUCACCUCACUGCUCCUUUAAACCUAUACCCACCCCUCAACUCCCACUUCCCUCUCUUUCUCCUCAUUUGAAUUUCAUUCAGUUCGCCUCUUCAAACCCAUCUCUGCUAACAUUGCCAUUAUUUAUCGUUCCCCUCUACUCUUCCUUGACCUCUUUGCUGAUUGGCUUCCCUACUUCCUCUCAUCUAAUAUUCCACCCCUAAUUCUUGGGGACUUCAACAUUCUCCUUAACCCACCCUUGUCCUCAGUAUCCUCAAAACUGCUUUUAAUGACCUCCUCCCUUGGGGUAUCACAGUGGGCUAAGUCUCCCACCCAUGGAGCUGGCAAUACCCUUGAUCUUAUUUUCUCUCAUGAAUGUACAAUCUCUAAUCUCUAAUGCAACACUCCAUUUCCUCACUCAGAUCACCACCUCUUACCGAUUAUCGGUCUGGCCGAUAUUCAGAAUUUUCGGCAAGAUCGUUAUCGGCCUAUAAAAAUACCGACAAUGCAGACCAGGGCCGCCAUCAGGACAUGACAACCGAGACAGGAUGUCAUAGUCCUGGGGGGUUCACAGCACCCUUCAGCUCCCCUGUCUUAAUAUCACGAGUCCCACUGGUUACCAUGGCAAUGCGGCACACAGGCUGUAAGAGUUAGACGGGAGCUGCUGGGAAGGGAAGUAAGUGUUGCUGGGCCACCUCUGCAGAGUCCAUGCCAUAUCCUCGCUCCCUGGCCAGGUAAGAAGCAGGGAGGGGGACCAAAACAAAAUGUUAAAAAAUUUAAUCUAUAAAAAAUAAAUAAAGUUAAUGCCAUAUCCAUUCCAUUUUACACACAUUACAUACCUACACAAGCACUCACUGCAUUUACUAUACACGCACUACACAAACACACCCACUGUGCAUUCAUUCUAUACACACAUAUUACUCAAACACACUACACACACACACACACACACACACACACACACACACAUAUUUUUGAAAACACAAAUUCUGACUGGCAUGUAUAUUGUAUGCAUUUACCUUAAUAAAACAAAGAUUUGCAAAAAAAUAAAAUAAUUAACAUGUUCAGUUAACAGUAGAUUUGUGUAGAAAUAGUUUAUUUUUUCAAAACAAUAAAUGUACAGAGUAUUGGUAAGUUGUCGGCUAUCUACCUGAAAGUUCAAAGAUUAUCGGUAUCUGCUCUAAAAAAAAAAAAAAAAAUCAAUAUCAGUCGAUCCCUAUGUCUUAUCGUUAGCUCUCAAUAGCCCCCUUCCCCAUCAUCCUCAACCUAACUCCCUUCAACUAAGAAGAAAUCUGAACUCUAUUGACCACCAGCAGCUAUCCGAUAAUAUUGAUUCCCAACUUCUAUCCAUCCCUAAUGUCUCCUGUUCCUCACUGGCUAGCUCCUCAUAUACACUACCCUCACUUCUGCCCUGGAUGCUGCAGCCCAACUCCAAACAUGCACCUUGAGGAGAAAAUGCCCCAAACCAUGGCACACUAAAUCAACAAGCUACCUGCAGAGAUGCUCCUGCUCUGCUGAACGCUGCUGGAGGAAGUCACGCACCCAGUCGGACUUCCUCCUCUACAAAUUCAUGUUGUGUUCAUACAGCACAGCCCUUGCCAUACUUUCCUCCCUCAUUAGCUUAUGCUCCCGCAAUCCCAGGCGUCUUUUUUUAAUUCCUUUACUCCCUUCUUUGCCCUGCUGUGGCCACCCGCCAAACUAACCUUACAGCCGAUAGCUUUGCAUGCUACUUUACCGACAAGAUUGAACAUCUAAGGAAAGAAUUCUCACCACCUUGCCCCUAGGUCAUGCCUUUCCUACCCUUCAGACUUUCUCCCAGGCUACUGAACAAGAGGUGGCUGUGCUUCUCCUUUCCUCUCGACCCACCACUUGCCCGCUUGAUCCUGUCCCUUCUCACCUCAUCAGAUCUCACCUCUUGUCAUGUUCCUUCCUUAACACACAUCUUUAACUGCUUUCGCUCUUCUGGUGUUGUCCCUGCUGACCUUAAACAUGCCGCUGUAGUACUUAUGCUGAAAAAAAUAUCUCUUGACCCAUCCUCCCCCUCUAACUGUCUUCCAUAUCCCUGCUCUCUUUACUCAAAGCUUCUGGAAAGACUUGUCUUUACCCGUCUGACUUGCUUCCUCAGUUCCAACUCUCUCUCCUUGACCCUCUUCAGUCUGGCUUCCGCCCCCUCACUCUACUGAGACUACUCUUAUUAAAGUCACUAACGACCUAAUCACCGCUAAAUCCAAAGGGCACUACUCUAUACUAAUUCUUCUUGACCUCUCUGCUGCCUUUGACCAUGUUCUUUUUUAAUAACUCUGUCUCUGUGACACUGACCUCUCUUGGUUUUCCUCCUAUCUCUCCAAGCACUCAUUCAGUUUCUCCUUUUCUAAUGAUACCUCCUCCCUUCGUCCUGUCUCUGUUGGAGUCCCCCAAGGCUCUGUACUUGGUCCCCUUCUAUUUUCUCUUUAUAUUGCCUCUUUUGGCAAACUUAUAACCUCAUUCAAAUACCACCUGUACACUGGUGACACUCAGAAAUACCUCUCCUCUGCUGUCCUGCAACGUGUCACUGCUGGCCUUUCUUCUAUCUUUGAUUGGAUGUCCUUCCACUUUUUGAAACUCAGUCUCUCUAAAACUGAACUCCUUGUCUUUCCUCCUCCUAAUACUGAUCCCCCUCUUUCGCUCUCCCUUCAAGUGAGUAGUAUCCACAUCGGUACUUCCUUGCAAACGCGCUGUCUUGGCAUUAUACUUGAUUCUGGCCUCACAUCCAGUCUGUUACCAAAUCCUGUAGAUUCCACCUUAAAAACAUAGCCCGCAUCCGCCCCUUUCUUACACAAGAUGCUACUAAGGAGCUUGUCCAUGCUCUAGUGAUCUCUCGCAUUAAUUAUUGUAACCCUCUCCUAAUUGGUCUUCCCAAAAGUCGGAUUGCCCUGCUACAGUCUGUAAUGAAUGCUGCAGCUAGACUGAUUUUCCUCUCCUGUCGCUCCUCUCACACCUCUCCCUUUGUCAGUCCUGACAUUGACUUCCUGUAUCCUAUAGGAGUCAAUUCAAGGUUCUAAUCCUCACCUAUAAAGCACUUACCAAAGAUAUAUCUUUUUGUAUGCCAUAGUUCUAAAAUACAUAGAAACCUCUGCUGUAUAUAAAGACUUUUUUUAAAUUGUUUUAUUGGUAAAGUGUGAAAUUUUAUUGUUUUUCAGCGCUUACCCAAGCAAAUUGAAGAAAGAAAUGAAAAAUUAAAAGACGAAAUGCUUAGUAAGUAUCUCUUUUCUUCCUGUAGAGAAACCUCUUUCCACUACUAGGUAUUGGUCAGGAUAGCAUUAUUAUUUAUUUUUUUUUACUCUGGUUUUUCAUUAUGAUACUUCCAUUGGAAGCUUCACCUUGCACAGGGAGGUUUUUGUCUGCUAACAUCUUAUUUGCACUAAUUGCACUUCUGGUUUGUGUACACACAUUUUGUUUUACCUACAGAUACUUGCAUACGACAGGAUAUAUUCUCUUACUUGCCGGUCCAGCUGCAAAAUUAUUUUCACAUUUCGUAAGCAGCCAUUAUUUCAUUUAAGGUCCCUCCCCCUCUCUAACCAAAAAUAUUUAAUGAUUUAAAAAAGCUUAUCCAAAAAUAUUUAAUCCAGGCCAUUAUUGCAUUUACAUCUGGAAUAAGGGUUAGACACAAUUGAUAGUGAAUAUGAACUUUGACGUUUAUUACUAGGUGAUAACCAUUUUCUUGGUAAAAUCCAGUGCAGUGCUCAGAAUUACACUGAACAAAAUUAUAAACGCAACACUUUGAGUUCAGCUCUUGAAAAGGGCAAAAACAAAAGAUCUAAGCCCUUUUCUAUGUACACAAAAGGCCUAUUUUUCUCAAAUAUUUGUUCACAAAUCUGUCUAAAUGUGUGUCAGUGAGCACUUCUCCUUUGCCGAGAUAAUCCAUCUACCUCACAGGUGUCGCAUAUCAAGAUGCUGAUUAGGCAGCAUGAUUAUUGCACAGGUGUGCCUUAGGCUGGCCAUAAUAAAAGGCCACUAAAAUGUGUAGCUGUACUGUAUGGGGGGGAGUGACCACUAUUUGCCUCAUACGGAGCAACACAUCUUUUACGCAUAGGGUUGAUCAGGUUGUUGAUUGUGGCCUGUGGAAUGUUGGUCCACUGCUCUUCAAUGGCUGUGUGAAGUUGCUGGAUAUUGUCAGGACCUGGAACAAUCUGUUGUAUAAGAUGAUCCAGAGCAUCCCAAACAUGCUAAAUGGCUGACUUGUCCGGUGAGUAUGCUGGCCAUGCAGGAACUGGUAUGUUUUCAGCUUCCAGGAAUUGUGUACAUAUCCUUGCAACGUGGGGUCGUGCAUUAUCAUGCUGCAACAUGAGGUGAUGGUUGUGGAUGAAUGGCACAACAAUAGGCCUCAGGAUUUCGUCACGUUAUCUCAGUGCAUUCAAAAUGCCAUCAAUAAAAUGCACCUGUGUUUGUUGUCCAUACCAUAACCCCACCGUCACCAUGGGCCACUCAAUCCACAACGUUGACAUCAGCAAACCGCUCACCCACACAACGUCAAACAAGCUAUCUGCCCUGUACAGUGAAAACCGGGAUUCAUCUGUCAAGAGAACACUUCGCCUAAGUUCCAGACUCCAUUCAAUGUGAGAAUUUGCCCACUCAAGUUGGUUACGACGACGACCUGCAGUCAUGUCGAGACCCCGAUGAGGACGAUGAGCAUGCAGGUGAGCUUUCCUGAGACGGUUUCUGACAGUUUGUGCAGAAAUGAUUUGGUUAUGUAAACCGAUUGUUGCAGUAGCUGUACGGGUGGCUGGUCUCAGACGAUCUUGGAGGUGAAGAUGCUGGAUGUGGAGGUCGUGGGCUCGUGUGGUUACACGUGGUGUGCGGUUGUGAGGCCGGUUGGGUGUACUGCCAAAUUCUCAAACUCCUUUGGCGAUGGCUUAUGGUAGGACAUUCCUGCAUGUUGUGUAAUCGGCAUCUUGAUAUGCCACACCUUUGAGAUGGAUGGAUUAUCUCGGCAAAGGAGAAGUGCUCACUAGCACAGAUUUAGACAGAUUUGUGAACAAUAUUUUAGAGAAAUAGGCCUUUUGUGUGCAUAGAAAAAGUCUUAGAUCUUAGAGUUCAGCUCAUGAAAAAUGGUGGCAAAAACAAGUGUUGCGUUUAUAAUUUUGUUCAGUGUAUAAUGGAUAUUAUUUUGUGCAGCUUUUACAAAAUAAAGAGGACGAUUUUAACGUAUUUAUAUUUUUACUCUAGUAUUCAGACACCCAUUUAAGCCCUCAGUGGUUUAAAACACUGGAAGGGAAAAAUCAGGAAAGAGGCCUUUCUUUUCUCUUUCAGCUAGAUCUAAAGCUGCUAUUCUGUAAAGUGGAAGUUGUUGAGACUGCAAAAAGCUGAAUUGAAGACCUUUUUGUUAAAAAAAAAAAAAAAAAAAGUUUGUAUAUUUUAGCCUAAUAUUUUAGAUUGUCUUGUCAUUUCCAAUCAGAUUAAGGAACCCUAAAAUGUAUCCAGAAAAAUAAAAAUUUGAUACCUAUGUUUUGUUUUUUUUCCCCCCCAUUUCAUUUUGCUGACACUAGUGUCAAUAGGGUGCUUUGUACAGGCUUUUGUUCAGUGUUUUAGCCAUUGCUACUAGAAAGACAAGACUAUUACUUUUUACUUUACAAGAUAUACAAGUGUUUGAAAAAUAACUAUUGUUAGCCAGAAUGUUAAGGUAUAACUUUAAUUCCUUUGUUCCUAGGUAAACUAAAGGAUUUGGGGAACUUGGUCCUAAGGCCUUUUGGCUUGUCUACAGAAAACUUUCAAGUCAAACAGGAUGAUACAAGUGGCUCUUACUCUAUCAACUUUGUGCAAAACCCAAAUAAUAACAGAUGACGAAGAAGCUAUUGUUUGAAUUAUCAAUGUUACAUUUUACUUUUCUCUGGGUCCUUUGAGUUCCAUGGAUUUGCUGCUUCAAAGAAUGUGCCAUCAGAUAUUUGGCCCUUUUAAAAUGGACACCUACAUUGUUUUGAAGUGUACUUUUGAUUCAUUUACUUGACUGGCUUUAAUUGCUUGACACUGUUUGAUUUAACUGAUCAGGCCUCUAAAUGGUAUUCCUUUUUAAAAUAAAAUCUUCAGUAGAGUUUUGUGAGGAGAGCCAGCUUUAGCAAUAAAGCUGUUAUUUAGCUGUAGCAAUCGAAUCCAUUGGCCUUCAAAUUUUUUUUGCUCAUGAAACACUACAGGUGAAAUAUUUUGAGCAUGUCAUUAUUUUUACCUGACUGCCAAGCGGCUUCUUGUAACCAUAGAAAUGUCAGCUCUGUCGAUUUUAUUACAGUUGAUUUUGUGUUAGCAGUAUUAGUAUUCUCUCCACACUUCAGUAUGUAGGAAUAAAUUGAAAGAAAACAAAGCAACCUCUCUCAACCUUUCCAGAGUGCUAAUUUUAUUUUACAAAACCUAGCAUACUGCAGCUUUCAAACUUCUGACACCUAGAUGGAUUAUGGACAAGAAGGUCAAUCUAUAUCGUAAACAGAAAUAAAUGAACUGAAAUUCUCACGUUUUCUUCAUCCUCCAGGCAGAUACGUCCUGUCCCUUAUCUCUCUGACGACAUUCUCAUCUAUCCUUCUAUGCUUUACUUUUUGUUUUGUUUUAAAUGUAUUUUUUCUCUUUACACAUAAUCAUGCUCCAAACCAGUAAAAAAUAAUUUUUUUAAAAAAAAUUUUUUAUCUACUGUAAAAAUAUUGCUAAAGAAAAUUUUGAGUUAUAGAAGACCUUUCAGUUGAAUAAGUUUUUGAGCAUGGGCUGGAUGCUUGAAAAUAUAUCUUUGCAAGGGGCAGGGCUCAGUAAGUAUUCAGAAUUAGAAUAACCUUGACUACAACUGACUACAUAACCCAAUUGUUUCUAAAAUUAAGGACCUGAUCAAUUAAUUUUUACGUUAAAGGACAAAUUUUGAAGUACAAGGAAAACCACUUUCAGGACAACACUGAAAGUAGAAAAUAUUCCUUGUAAAAUAGCUUUGUGUAAUCUGAAAAAACAAAAUUGUGACUUGUAACAAACAUAAAGCCUUUCAAAGCAUGAAUUGCACAAUAAAUAUUCACCAUAGUGUUUAUUGAUGCCUUCUAGCGGUUUGUAGACUGUCUUCUUUCUGUACUAAUUGUAGCAAUAUUAAUAUAUUUAGUGAGUUGGUUUUUUUUUUUUUUUACUAAACACCAACAUUGUAGAGAAAUGGAAUAGGAAUUGUAACAUGUUGGCUAAUUUUUGGAAAAAAUAUAUAGAAUUAGCUUUAGUCACAAUUUUUUACUUUUUUGUAGUAAAUGUAUGCAGUUCAGUUUAAAAUUAACUAAAAAACUUCGGUUUAGUGAAUAAAUGCUUGAAAAUGAAUAUAACGUUGCAUCCAUUCAAUAACUAACUGGGGUAGAUUUGGUAAGGUUAGUAUGAUGACACAAACAAAAAAAACCCACUAUGACUGCAUUGUAUAAAUCGUCCUUGUUCAGUUUGUUUUGAAAGGAAAAUAUACCUAAUUCUUAGAUACAUCUACAUGGAUGGAGCAGUCUGAAAUCCUGUAUAAUUUUCUUCAGGCUCGGUUAAUUUGUGUAGCAGAAAAGAAU